UGGUUUCUCUUCUCUGUUCUCGUCUUUGUGUUUCCUGUUUUGAUCCGCAGAGAAAAACUCUGAGAUCCUCUGACAUGCAGAGAUCCAGGAAGAGGAUGUUUUCAGUGAGUGUCAAACUGCUGCUGGUCUCAGUGGAUCCAGCUGCAGGAUGGAGGGAACAUCUGUCCACAGGCUGCUGGCUCUGAUCUCUCUGCUGAGCCGCUCAACAGACCAAGUUCGUCUGACUGUGAGUCCCAGCAGAUCUCAGUUCUUUGAAGGAGAAUCAGUGACUCUGAUCUGUGAGGAUGAAAACAGCUCUGAUGGAGGGACUGUGAGGAGAAACACAACCUUAGAGACCAGGACUGAGUGUGAAGGAUGGGGAGUACCAGUUGGUUCUAGCUGUAACAUGACCUACCUCCUCCAAAGGGACUCUGGCCUGUACUGGUGUGAGUCCAUGUCUGGAUCCUCCAGCAGCAGCAGCAGCAUCCAGCUCUCUGUCUCUGGUGGAUCAGUGAUCCUGCAGAGUCCUGUCCUCCCUGUGAUGGAGGGAGAUGACGUCACUCUGAGCUGCAGAGCAAAGAGUCCAGCCCACAACCUCCCAGCUGCUUUCUAUAAAGAUGGCUCCUUCAUUGGUGAUGGACCAUCAGGUCACAUGACCCUCCUCCAUGUCUCCAGCUCUGAUGAAGGCCUCUAUAAGUGCAGCAUCAGCGGUCAGGGAGAGUCUCCAUCCAGCAGGAUCUCUGUGGAAGAAAAACCAUCAACCAUAUUUCCAUCCUCUGCAGAAGCUCCGCCCACCAGUGAAAUCCCGCCUAUUACCGAAGCGCUGUCAAAUUGUGUAACUCCGCCCUCUUUCUCCUCCCCUCUCCUCAUCGUCACUCUGCUCUGCCACCUGGUGGUGAUGUUCCUGUUCUCCAUCUGCUCUUUCCUCUUGGGGUUUUCAUCUGGACUCAGAGCCAAAGGAAGUGACCUGUCACCACGUGGGAAGAUGACUCCGCCCCCCCAGGAUGAUGAUGACGUCACCACAGAGCAUCACUUCUGACUCAAACAAUCCCAUCAUGCUCUGCUCCUGCUGUUUUCUUCCUCUUUAUUUCUAGGAAAAUUGUUUAAUUAUCUGAAUAAUUAAACUUAUGAUAUUAUUUUAAUUCCAUCAAUCCAAGAAUAAAAAAAAAUCACAACCAGCAAUUUUUAGCAAAAGAUUUCUCAAAUCUGAAAUGAGUGGCUUUUAUAUAAAAACUAUAUUUGUACAUAUUUGUUAAAAUUGUCUUUAUGUUCUGACAGUAGAAUAUGAGACAGAUAAAGAUGGAGCUCCUCUGGCUCCACCUAGUGGUCCUACUGCCACCAGCAGAAACGCAGCACUCCCAGUCAGAAACAACAAAUCAGAGCCAGGAGGAGAGUCUUAGUGCUGUCAAUCAUGCUUGUGUAUGUGCUGCUCAGUCCCUCUCUAUUGCUCUCUGCUACUCUACAGCUCCUCUCCCUCAGUGGAGCUUGUGACAAACGUUCAGGCUAGUUAGCAUGACCACUGUUGGAAGCUAAUAAACAGUUUUACAUUCAACUCGGUUUGUUUCUCUGCCACUAGCACAGCUGUUGCCAAUCGACAAUCUUCAGUUUGUACAUGGAACCAACAACCAGCAGCAUGUAAACGAAGGUGACUGACACCCUGUAAGCUUUACCUCAUGUUAUCAUUUUAUUCCAUCAUUAAAAAUAAACCUGGAGUG